AUGCCGCGGGGAAAAAAGGCCACCAAAAAUAUUAAAAAAGAAGUAACAAAGAACAUUAAUACCUUGAGACAUUAUUUUCCAUCUCUAUUAAUAAAGUUUAACCAGUGUCUAAGUAAAUUGCCAGAAGACGUUAAGUCGAACGAUGAAAAUCUUAUGGCACUGUUCAGAACAAUGUGGAAAAUAAAUUUGUUGAUCAAGAAUAUUUUGGGCGAUGAUGCGGUCACUCACAUUCAACAAAUACAAGUUGAUGAAAGUUGUAUUGAUAUGAAGUCAACUCUAAGAGAGGUGUAUAAAACUAUGUGGAAACUCAACUCUCUAAUAAUUUCUGAGUUCCACUUUGAUACAUGA